CCCUGGGGGACCCGGAGAGGUCGAGCUGCAAUCCAGAAAUGGCGAUCAGAAGGUCGAACAGCCAUCUGGCUACACAUCCCCAUCCUCCAAAGCCGAUGCAUUGCUCCUGCCGCUUCCCUGGGCUUCUGCUUUCACCACGCAGAAGCGGACUCGGCAACACUUACCCUGUGGCUGGGAGAAGGGCCCAGCAGAUUACCAGGAUAUGCCACGCAUCAAGUAGGAGUUGCAGGCGCUGUCUUCGAUGAAAACACUAGGAAAAUAUUGGUAGUACAAGACCGAAAUAAAUUAAAAAAUAUGUGGAAGUUUCCAGGAGGCCUGUCAGAGCCGGGAGAAGAUCUUGGAGAUACAGCAGUUCGAGAAGUUUUUGAAGAGACUGGGAUAAAAUCAGAAUUCAGAUCCCUCCUGAGUAUUCGGCAGCAGCACACCAGUCCAGGAGCUUUUGGAAAGUCAGAUAUGUAUAUUAUCUGCCGCCUAAAGCCAUGUUCGUUCACCAUCAAUUUCUGCCAGCACGAAUGCUUGAGGUGUGAGUGGAUGGAUCUCAGUGACCUGGUCAAGACUGAAAAUACGACUCCCAUCACCAGGAGAGUUGCGAGGCUGCUGCUGUAUGGGUACAAAGAAGGAUUUGACAAGAUUGAUCUGACCAUGGAAGAGUUGCCAGCAGUUUACACAGGCCUGUUUUAUAAACUCUAUCACAAGGAACUGCCAGAGAAUUACAAGGCGAUGACAGGAGAAAACUAAAUUCACAUUUUCAUGUUUAAAAGGUUUCCAAUUUACAUGUUGAUUAAUAUAAACCUUAUUAUUAAAAAGUAGUGGACAUUUGAAUGAUUAAGUAUCUGACUGCAAUUCUAAUGUGUAUGGUUUUUUUUAAAUGAAGAAAAUUUGCUUCUGAAUGUGCACACUCUAAAAGCGCCUAUUUCAAAUAAAGUCAAUUUAUUAAGCUUCAACAGGUAACAGUAAAUGUUAUAUAAAGAGUAAAAGGUUAUAUAUUUCCAA